AUGGAUAUUUACGAAGACUGGGCAGCUAUCAGAAGGGUAAGCAUGAGAAUCAGAAUAGACUUUUCACAAAAUUGUCAUUUACCAAGAAUACAUUUUUAAAAUUUUAGGCUAAAGGAGCUUUAUCAAGAAGGAAAUCUGAAAGUAAGAGAUAACAUUUCAUGUUUUUAUAUUGCUAUUGUUUAUUAUAUUUCCUAUUAAAUCAUCUCACAAUAAAUUACUAUCUUGUUGUUGUUUGCAGGUCACAGUGGAAGUCAAGGAGGUAUAACAUUCACUACAUUGACACUUAACUAACUUGUUAAACUUAGAUAAUUAGCUAGUUGUAAUACUAAUUAUACAACAACUGAUACGAAUUGCCAAGUAAGCAACAUAAUUUCACAUUGAUUAUGUCGUAGAAAUAAUUUAUUUAAAAAAUGACAUUAUGUUAUAGGAAAUAUUUUUGGAGACAGUAAAUGUCCUUUUAGUGCAAAAUAUGAAGAUGGAAAACUGUUUUAUGAAGGAGAGUGGUGCGUACCGUUUCACAUAUUAUGUCUCAUUAUUUUGCCAGAAUGAGGUGGAUAUUCAGUUUGAUCAAAUUGUUUUUAGGUUUGUAAAAGGAAAUCAUGUCAAGGUUGAAAGUAAAGGAGGAGCACCAGUGGAGUACGUCACCUAUACUUUCUCUUGCUUUAUGCUUUCUACAUAAUUCUUUGAGAUGAAAAAGUGCAUUUGUCUAAUAAUACAUUGUUUCUCUUACUAUUUCUUUUCUAGUGCUACAAUCACUGGCAUUGACACUGGGGAGGUAAGAAAACCAAUAGUUUUGAAGCAGUUAAUAUCAUUAACAUAUACAGUCAAAUCUCUGAUUAAGGGACAUUCUAUCUAGACAACUCUAAUUAACAGACAAUGCUAGAUUUCUUUAAUAUCUGAAACAUCUCUUGUCAAUGUUCAUUAAUCAGAGAUCUCACUGUACUUUGUUAAUUCACAAAUGUGAAGAUUUCUAAAGCAAGAUUCGUAUCCUUUCUAGGUGUGGAUCAAGAAGCCCCAUGGGGACAGAUUCAAACUUUACAUAGCACAAUUACAGAAAGGAAAAUUCAAACUUAGAAAAAUAAAAUAGUUACACUGUAUGAUAUUACUCUAAGGAAUUGUGUAAAUUAUUGUAUUAUAUUAGUAAACUAGUGUAACUUGUGUAGGGUUUUGUAAUAGAUUACUUUCUUGCAAAUUGGAACAGUAAUGUGUUGUUUGUACUAAACAUAUACAAUUCUCCCAAAUAUAUUUAUUUAUUUGCAAUUUUGUUUUAUUGGUGGUUAUGUCUAAAUAUUAACCGAUUAACCCAUCAAGUAGCAGCACUCUCCCCUUGACGAGAAAAAUUGUUUGGUGUUAGACAGAGUAAAGGUGUUUGGUGUUGGACAGAGUAGGACUCAUCAGGGUGCAUUGCCACUUAAAUUACCACUUAAAGGGUUAACUAAUAUCCAAGCUGCCUUGACAAGGUUGCAUUCAGGCACAUUGCAGCUUAGGCGAGACUUUUUUUAUUCAGUGGUUUACGGAUCCGCCGACCGUAAAUAUUCAGAAAGUGAAAAAUAGAAAAAAUAAAUUUGGAUGUCAAAAAUUUUACAAUUUUAGUUUAAAUUAAUUUGGGGUUUUGACAUGAAGUAAACUUUGACUCUAAGUACUGCUGGCUCAUGUUAUCAUUGUGACAAUCAAUAUGGAGAUUAGCCACGUUUUUCGAAGUUAAUUUAACGUUAAAAAAUUUUAUAAAGAUUAUUAAAUUUGGUUCUCAUUUAUACUCGGUGUUUUUUUUAAAAAUUUUUCUGACCUGUUAUUUUUAAAGUCAAAUCCGUAAACCAAUAAAUAAAAAAGUCUCGCCUUAAUAGGUUAAGAAGAGACCUAAGCAGAUUAGCUAGAGCUAUAAUUGGGCUGUGUAUAUACAUGUUCACAUACCGUAAAACAAUCACUUUCAAAAGAAAUGUCGGGCAGAACACAAAUAUAUGAAUUUGCACCCCCCUCCCCCCAAUUAUCGGUCCAGCUACGGCCCUGGUGAUAGAUGAUUUUACUGUUCAGAGAGCUUGUCACUAUCUGAUGUUACAUUUAUCCAGGUGUUACAAUGGGUAAAUGUUGUGUAGCAAAAAAAAAGUCCAGUCAAGGGCCCUGCAAUAAAAAUCUUUCCAUUAACUGGUUUCCACAUACACUUGAAUUUGUGCAAGUUUUUAUGUAGGUGUAGAACUGCAGUAAGAGAUUGAAUUGUUUCAAGAACUGACUCAAUGCGAAUAUUUUACAAAUUUUCUAGUUUGUUUUCAAGCCAUGUAUUUGUAAUUAUAUUGUAACAAAGUUUAUAAGCACAUAUAAACUUAUUAUAAACUAAAUAUCAAAGUUAAAUUAAUAUAAAAAGUUUAACUAAUUUUUUUAAUGUUUAUAGUAAAUCUAAGCUAUAAAAUAAAGAGAUUUCGUUCAAAGGAAAGCAUCACACCAUUCUUUUAAACAAUUAUAACAGUCUCCUCCUUGUUUCGAGUUUGCUCCGACUGUAGUUUUAAUCCAGUCUAAAAACAUUUCUUCAUCCUUGCGCAGCACCAAAAAUUGGCCCAGGACAACAUAAGCUUUAUCAAAACCAGCAUCCACCAACUUCUGACCUAGAACUUUACCUAUUCCAGCCAGCUCGCUCACUUCCUUUUCGCCCAUCGGCUCGCUUACGAAAUCUCGAUGCUUUUGUGAAGUUGAAGACAUCUUGCAAACUAAAUUUUACCCCCUGUGAAAGGUGAAUUUUACAGCGUCUAAAGUCGAAAUAUUUUAAGUUGUACAUAGCCGAUUGGUGUACAAAUGAAACAAAGUGGUACUGUAUUACACGAAAACAAGUUUAGCUUACCCAAAGUAGAUGGAAAACCUUCAAAUUCUUGAGCAAAAUUACCAAAAUAUACUUUCGCUUCGAUUUCAAUCUCGUUCGAUUUGGGCAAAGCUUCGCGCGAAAUAUUUUUAAAUAGACUGAGAACAAGGGAAAGGGUGUCCGCCUUACUUUCGCCUAAUUUGCAUUUCGAAUAAUUAUAAACAGAAAUAAGUCAAUAUUCACGUUUCUAAAACGAAACGUGACGGAAUUUAAGUCGAAAGCAAGACCACGAGUUUCCUUUCUCAUUCUCUUCAUUGCUCCAUCAAAAUAUAUUUGAUAAAUUUUAAAAAAUUUCCACCAUUUUCCGGGCAUGCAGGCAGCUUGGCGGGAAAAUUUUCAUAACAAAAAACCAAAUUAGUGAAUCAAAACAUUCAACGAGCAACAACUAAAUUUCAUUUAAUUUUAGCAAAUUUUCCCCAGUUAUUUUAAGUUUUACAAUGAGUACGACUGCUGGAAAGCGUGGUAAAAGAAAGGCCCCGGCAAAUGAGGGGAAAACUACAAAGGUCGCGGUUAAAAAACCUCGAAAACCGAAAGGAAUGCCAGAUUUCAAACCUGGCGAAACUUUGGUUGAUUUGGUGAAGAAGCAAUGGCGUUUAGGAGAUCUUAUUGGUUGGGGAGGCUUUGGUGCCUUGUAUUAUGGUGAGGGUUUUGUACGUAAUAUAAAAAUAUAUAUUUAGUAUGGGGUUGUACUGGUUAGGAGUUUAUCAUUUUAAAAGGGGGGGACCCAACCCAACCCAUGGGGAUUUAACACACCUAUCAUGCUUAAAUUACGUUUAAAUUUCUCUGUUAUGUAGCGUCUUCUGAUACAGACAAGGCUGUCAAUGACAAAGCAACCUAUGUUGCCAAAGUUGUAAGUUGGACUAAAUGUAUCAUGCAGCCAACUUGGUGGCAAAAACGGCAGAAUUUAUACACUUGGCAGAAGUUACACAAUGUGUGUGGAGUUAGAAUUUCAGAGAGUUCAGAGAUUUUAUUUCCUGCACAAUUAUCCCUCAUGAUCCUCUGUUACCCCCAUCUUUCUCUGUCAAGUACUGCAUGAUUCCACCUUUUUUUCACAUGUUCGCAGCCACCAAGAUGUCUGCGGACGAGGCAAUAAAUAUGUAUCUGCAGACAAGUUGUAUCGUCCUGACAGAAGGUCUUUGCUCGAUAUGUUGAAGUGUUGCUUUUCAGAUAGUUGAGACAGACGGCAGCUUUAUAGUGUAGAAUACCACAUGGUUCUAACAGUCUAAUAAUUACAUGUUCUUUAUGUCAAGGAACCACACUCAAAUGGACCACUUUUUGGAGAACUUGCUUUCUAUCAGCGAGUUGCCAAGGAAGAAACAAGUACAGCAAUAUAUCCUUAUUCCUUUUAUCAUUCACUUUUGCCAAAAUGUGGUCAAAAUAUCAGGACCCCCCCCCCCCCUGAUGUUAAUGACUUUCCAAUGCCCCAUCUUAAUGUUUUCUCAUUGCAGUUAACAAGUGGGUAUCUUCUCACAAGCUGAAGUUCCUGGGUGUGCCUGCAUAUAUUGGUUCAGGCGGGCAUGAGAAUGGUGGCUCAAAAUAUAGAUUCAUGAUUAUGGAAAGAUUUGCUGAUGAUGUUGACCAAAUCUUCGCUAAAUGUGGCAAACGUUUCCAUAUCCAGACUGUCUUAACUUUGGGGAUUCGUAUUGUAAGUUUGAGAUGUACAUGGUUACGUACUGUAAUCCAAUUUUGCAAUAUGUAAUUUUGAAGUACAGUUAUAGUUCAUUGCCUUAAUUACUACAGAUUCUUACAAUCAUUCUAAUGAUUCAUACUUUUUAUACAGAUUGACAUCUUAGAGUAUAUUCAUGCACAAGGCUAUGUCCAUGCAGAUAUCAAAGGCUCUAACUUAAUGAUGGGUUAUAAAACUAACAGGAAAGAUAAGGUAUGCACAGCAGACUAUACAUGGUAACUCUGGUAACUGCCAGCUGAUCCCCUUAUUCUGAUAUGACACCUUUACACUCUCUUACAAUGGGUUGUUCCACAAAAGAUCCACACUCCCCAAGGAGGAAAUUUCGUUGAGAAAAAUUGUUUCUAAUAAUUAGGACAUCUGAAGGGGGGGGAGGGGGGAGGAGGGUUAACUUCCAAUUUCCUCUGUGGGGGAGGUAUGGAUGUUUUCUGGAAUGACCCAAUACAUUCUCUCGCAGGUGUUCCUGGUGGACUAUGGUCUUGCAUAUCGUUUCAAUGCAGACGGCACUCAUAAAGAAUACAAAGAGGACCCAAAGAGACGACAUGAUGGAACUAUUGAAUUCACAAGUUGUGAUGCACAUAAGGGAGUGGCCCCGUCACGUAGAACAGAUCUCGAGAUUCUAGGUUACGUCAUGUUACAGUGGUUAUGUAGCAAACUGCCUUGGGAAGACAACUUGGCUGAUAAAGAUUAUGUCAUGAAUUCAAAAAUAAGGUAAACAUAUAAUAACAGAUAUUAAACAUAUAAUAAUUUCUGUAGAGUUGGUAUCUUAAUCCAUUCAGAUCAGGUUAGUAGAUCAGUCAAUCAGUUGGUGACAGUCAGAUAAUCAGUGGCUUCGCCAGUGAGUCAUUUGAAUAUUUUGUUGUUUCAAUAGGUUGAUGGAAAACAUACCACAGUCACUGAAGAAAUGUUUAAAAGAUCAGCGUGCUGGUAAUUAAUAACUCAUAACAUUCAUUGACAAUGUUAGUUGAAACUGAUAUUCAUCAUGUAACAUAUUGAUCAUGUGGUUUGAUUUCAGAUGAGUUGGAACAAUAUUUCAAAUACAUUGCAACACUGAAGUAUGUUGAAAUACCUGAUUACAACAAGUUAAGAAAGAUAUUUCAAGAUGGACUUCGCAAAAGAAAAUUCACAGAUGAUGGUCAAACAGUGAAGUUUAAAACUGCUGAUGGUGCAAGUUCCUCCAAUGAUGAUGCAAUGGAAGAUUGUCUAAAUGAUUCGGUAAAUGGAAAAUCUUUUCACAUUAUUUUUGAUGCUGCAUUUCCCAUAUCUCUGGAAAGAUGCUGUGAUAGAUCUAAUAAACUACACUGUCUACGCACAAGGAAGAUGGAAGUUAAAAUUACACAUAAUAUGCUCUAUUUGUACUUGUACAUUCCGUUUUUUUUCUAAAAAAAUACUUGUAGUGAUUUAAAGUAAACUAAACCUUCAUGUUUUUAUAAACCUUCAAAAAAUUGAAAGUAAAGCUCAAAGUUUAUAGGAAGCCAAAAUCUUUUCCACUACAACUGCGUAUAUGUACCUCAUGUGUAUGUGGUCUGCAAAACACCCAAAUUGCCAAAAUCUUCACCAGUUUCUGAAUGGCUUUUACUAUAAACAAGUUGACAUUGUCACAAGUUUAUAGUGUUUUGUCUGACGCGUCACGCAACACUAGAACACUUAUACAUCAAAGGUAGAGUAUGAUUUAGAUAUGUGAGAAUAUUUUCAUUUAUUUUAGGAAGAAAGUGAAGACAAGGCCUCUCCAUUGAAACCAUCAAGAAGAAACCCAGUGAGUCGAAAACCUGAAUCCCAGUGUUCAACGAAAGAACCAGCCAGUCCUGCUAAACCUUCAACAUCAAAUAAGAGAGCAGCAAGUCCCGUGAAACAAUCAACCUCCAACAAGAGAGCUGCUGUCAGCCCCAGAAAACCUGCCAAGCCACGUGGUGGGACAUCGAAAUCCAAGGCAGUGCAACAAUUGGCGGAAGAAACAGAUUCCCAGGAGUCGUCUUCUGACAAACGUGUUGCCAAAGGAAGAGCAAGGAAGACUGUACAGGAGAAAUCUGAGAACGAUGAAAGGCCGGCAAGAAGAGCGCGUGGUCGACCAAAGAAAACAGCGGUACCUGUCUUUGUAGAUAGAGGAACAUCACCAUAA